AUGAGCGACGAGAAGCGUUCUAUGCUAGCUCUCGAUCCUCCGAUCCCGACCUACGAAGAGACUAUUGCUUCCCGUGCACCAAGCGAUGUCGGCGAACACGCAGAGACCUCGCAAUUGCUUGGAGACCGGAGGAGUGGCACUCGAGGCUAUCGACAGCCCACUGUUGAGAGUGAACGGAGCUCCUUGGAAAGCUCUUUCUUGGAGGAUUUUGCGUCUAGCCGGGGGUCCGGGGAUGGUCUGGAACCGGAGAUAGAGCAAAUGGGGAUUUUAGAUCCGGGCGAAGAGGAGCACGGUAAUGAUCGGAGUAGGAGGAGGCCUGGGAGGUUACGACAGAAUAUAAGCAAGCGCAUAUCAUCGAUAACAAUGUCGUUGUCAUCGAUAAGCUUGCCGGAUUCUUGGAAGGUGAAUCCGUUUAAAAAAUGCUUCCCGCGGUUUUCAAUACCUGAGGUCCCUUGCUUCAGCGCUGGGCUGAUACCGGUGUAUCGAUUCUUGGGUGUGGUGGUAGUCUUGAUCGUGGUAUAUACACUACUUGCAACAGAUGCCAUCAGCAUGAACGGCCCGGGAAAUCCCGCCAAUGGGUUGAUUAGCUUCGACCCGGAGGUAGUAAAGCAGUAUGUGAAGGAUACAUUGGACAAGGACAAAAUCUCGCAUUAUCUGGAGUAUUUGACCAGUUUUGACCAUGUUGCCGGCACACGGGGAGACUUGGUGCUAGCAAAAUGGGUGGAAAAGGAGUUUAGGAGCUUUGGACUAGAAAGUGUUGAAUUAAUAGAAUAUUUUGCCUACGUUAAUUAUCCAAAACCCGGAGGGCGAAAAGUUGCGAUAAUAGACCCUCCAUGGGAAGCAGUUCUGGAGGAACCAAAAACUGAAGGAAAAGAAAACACACUUGUUUUUCACAGUCACUCGAAAUCAGCAAGUGCGACAGGUCCGCUAAUAUACGCCAAUUAUGGGUCACGAGAAGACUUCUUCGAAUUGGAAAAGAAGGGCAUCGACUUGAAAGGCGCUAUUGUCCUGGUUAGAAACGGCGGAACACAGCCAGAUAGAUCCCUCAAAGUCAAGGCUGCCCAGGACAAGGGUGCAGCUGGGUGUAUUCUGUUUUCCGAUCCUAAAACGGAAGGAUGGGAUCUACCCGGGGAUGCGGUGCAGAGGGGUGGUGUUGGUCUGUCGAACUGGCUUGUAGGAGAUGUAUUAACGCCGGGAUAUGCUGCCGAAGAGGAUUCUGUGAGGAUCAAGAAGGAAGAUAGUCCUGGGCUUCUACAGAUUCCUUCGUUACCAUUGUCAUGGAAUGAUGCGCAGCAUUUGCUCAAGUCACUCAAAGGCCACGGAAAGAAGGUUGAGGGAUCUUGGGAGGCAGGUAAUAAUUUCAACGAGGAAAUCUGGACAGGUGCUAUGGAUUCCUCGCCGAAAGUUCAACUCGAUAAUCUUCAAAACGAGGAGGAGAAGCAACCCGUGUUCAAUGUUCUAGGGCUGAUCAAAGGCUAUGAUGACUACAAGAAAAGGAUCACUAUUGGAAAUCACAGAGACGCUUGGUGUUUUGGCGCCAGUGAUCCAAAUUCCGGAACUGCUAUCAUGCUGGAGGUUGCUAGGAUAUUUGGACAGAUGGUGGAAGUCGGGUGGAAACCUAGUAGAAGUAUUAUCUUUGCAAGCUGGGAUGCCAAGGAGUAUAAUCUCAUUGGCUCAACCGAGUACGUUGAGGAUAAUAUCGAGUCUUUACGUCUUCAUGGAAUGGCUUACGUCAACCUUGAUACAGCCAUAGCUGGAACGAAAUUCUCGGCAUCUGGUUCACCACUCUUACAAACCGCUCUCAUGAAUUCUUUGGAAAUGGUGGAUGAUCCCCAGACCAGCGAACCGCUGAGGAAGCUUUGGGGCGAUAAAUUUCUCCCUGGGCUAGGUUCCGGGGGUGACUGGGUUGCAUGGCAAAAUUACGCGGGAGUUUCUUCAAUUGACCUAGGUUUUACUGGCGGAGGGUUUCCGCACCAUAGUUGUUACGAUAGUUAUGACUGGAUGAAAACUCGUGGAGACCCAGAUUUCAACUAUCAUAAAGCCAUGGCUCAAGUCCUUGCAAUGCUCAUUCUUGAGCUUGCAGACACUCCGCAAUUACCAUUCAACAUGACAAACUAUGCCGUUGCCCUCGACCGCUAUACUCAGGACCUUGAAGGAUUCAUCGAUAAGAAGGCGAAAGCCUCGCCAUCUCAAGACUCUCACGUUGAUUUAAGUAAACUGAGAGAAGCGAUUGCAACAGCUCAUUCGAGACUUUAUGAAUUUGAUACUAAGCACGAACCGUGGAUGGAUCAAAUGGGAACAGUCAUGGGGGGUCUGGAUAAUUAUGGGACUAUUCAUCGGAAUAGUCGAAAUGCAAGGAUGAGCAAUUUUGAGGAGCAUCUCCUGGAUCUGGACGACGGCGGUGGACUACCCGGCAGACCGUGGUUCAAACAUGUAGUCUUUUCGCCACAGGCAUGGGGUGGGGCGGAACCUGGUUACUUCCCUGGUAUCAGAGAUGCUGUGGAUAAGGGACAUUGGAAGCUGGCACAAGAGCAGGUCGAAACAAUAGCAAAACGAAUUAAUCGGGCUAGCUGGAAACUUCUUAACUGA